AUGGUCCUCCAAGACCUGGGCCGCCGCAUCAAUGGCGCUCUCACCGACCUCACCCGGGCUCCAACCCUGGACGAAAAAGCCUUCGACGGCAUGCUCAAACAAAUCGCCAACGCCCUAGCCGAAGCAGACGUGAACAUCAAACUCGUCGCCAACCUCCGCAAAACCAUCAAAACCAGCGUCAAAUUCUCCGAACUCCCGCCCCACGCCAAUAAGAAGCGGAUAAUCCAAAAAGCCGUCUUCGACGCCCUCGUCGACAUCGUAAACCCGCACCAGAAAGAAUACCAACCCAAAAAGGGCAAGAGCAACAUCAUCAUGUUCGUCGGCCUGCAGGGAGCGGGGAAAACAACGACCUGCACGAAACUCGCCCGCUGGUACCAAGCCCGGGGUUUCCGCACCGCCCUCGUCUGCGCCGACACCUUCCGCGCCGGAGCCUUCGACCAACUAAAACAAAACGCCACCAAGGCCAAAAUCCCCUACUACGGCAGUCUCACACAGACAGACCCUGUAGUGGUAGCCCGGGACGGCGUGGAGAAGUUCAAAAAAGAGAAAUUCGAGAUUAUCAUCGUGGAUACCUCUGGUCGGCAUCAGCAGGAAGAAGCGUUGUUCGGGGAGAUGGUGGAGAUUCAGCGGGCCGUGCAGCCGCAUCAGACGGUCAUGGUGCUGGAUGCUUCGAUUGGACAAGCGGCGGAGGCGCAGAGUCGGGCGUUCAAGGAGACGGCGGAUUUCGGCGCCAUUAUCAUCACGAAAACUGACGGGGCGGCGGCGGGCGGCGGGGCGAUUUCCGCCGUAGCCGCCACGGGGACCCCGAUUGUGUUUAUUGGGACUGGAGAGCACCUUUUGGAUCUGGAGAAGUUCAACCCUGAGGGUUUCGUGAGUAAAUUGUUAGGGAUGGGGGAUAUGCAGGGGUUGGUGGAGCACGUGCAGAGUUUGAAGUUGGACCAGAAGGAGACGAUGAAGAAUUUGACCGAGGGAAAGUUCAGUGUGAGGGAUCUGAGGGAUCAGUUGCAGAAUAUUAUGAAGAUGGGUCCGCUGAGUAAGAUGGCGGGGAUGAUUCCGGGUUUGUCCGGGGUGAUGGGGGGGAUGGAUGAUGAGGAUGGGGCGGCCAAGUUGAAGCGGAUGGUGUUUAUUUGUGAUAGUAUGACGGUCAAGGAGUUGGAUUCGGAUGGGAAAAUCUUCGUCGAGCAGCCUACGAGGAUGACGCGGGUGGCGAGGGGGAGCGGGACGAGUGUUAGGGAGGUCGAGGAGUUGUUGACGCAGCAGAGGAUGAUGGCGGGUAUGGCGAAGAAGAUGAAAGGAGGACUCGCGGGAAUGCAGAAAGCGCAGCAGGGGAUGCAAGGGGCGGGGCGCGGGCAGCAGAUGGCGGCUAUGCAGAAGAGGCUGGCUGCUAUGGGUGCUGGUGGUGGAGGUGGUGCGGGGGGUGGUGGAGGUGGGGGGAUGCCGGAUUUGGGCAGUUUGAUGAAGAUGAUGGGUGGUGGAGGUGGUGGUGGAGGAGGUGGUGGGAUGCCGGAUCUGAGUGGGAUGGAUAUGGGGAAGAUGAUGCAGAUGAUGGGGGGGAUGGGGGGGAUGGGCGGUGGUGGUGGUGGAGGUGGGAGGAGAUGA